ACUGUGACGUAAUCGAUGACGUCACGGCUUGCCGAGGAAGCAGCUUCUUUCCGCCAACGAGCGUCAUUCCAGCACUGUCUUCCGAGCGAGUUGGAGCUUCUCCGAGAUUGUCUUCUACAUUUUCAAAACAGGACAGAAGCGAUGACACAGUUACGCGAGCGAAAAUGCGGCACUGUGACACCAGUGUCAUCAUCGAAGCGGUUCGGCCUCUUCUUCUUCUACCUGAUAGUGGCAAUCUUCGUGGGGGCCAGCGCUGCCCCCCAGAGGAAAGAAGAGGACAAAUGUCCUACCGAGGAGGAGAUCAGACCUUGUUUGUGCCGUGAAAUUGAUGCUCUGUACUUCACCUGCCACAGCCUGAGCUCCAAACGGCUCCUCGAGAUCGCUGGAGCCGUCGCCAAAAGGCACCUCCAGAUCAGAGCUAUGAAGAUCGCGGACUCUGAUCUCGAGGACCUCCCCGAGGGAGCCUUCGACGGCCUAGAGAUCGAGCAGCUGGUUAUCGUCAGUAGUAAAUUGGGCGCCGUCGGUGAAAAGGUCUUCGCCGGCCUCGGGAAUUCGCUCAGGGAACUCGUCCUUGACAACGACGAGCUGGAGGAGGUCCCCACAGACUCCCUGAGCUACCUUGGAGCCUUGGAGACGCUCCAUUUGAGCUCCAACCAGAUCCAGAAGGUGCCCAACUAUGCCUUCGGUAAGCUGGAGAAUCUGCAGGAACUUCGUCUGGGACGCAACAACAUAAGUCGCGUCGACAGUCUGGCUUUUGGCAACUGCUGCAGGGAACUGAAAAUGCUGGACUUGUCUAGCAACAUAUUAAGAAGCGUCCCAACUGAAUCCUUUUUCAACCUGGCUAACCUUACUGUUCUCAAGUUAGAUGGGAAUAAAAUUGAAGGCAUCGGUGAAGAAGCCUUUUCAGGCUUGACCCAGCUGAACACGCUCGACCUUGAAAACAACCUGAUCUCAACCGUGGAGGACAAUGCCUUUAGGAAGUCGUGGGUCCAGAACCUCGUCCUGACGAAGAACCUGCUGGAGGGCUUGAACAACUUCUCCUUCGUCGGGUUGGAAAAUGCGACCCAGUGGAUAGACCUAAGUCACAACAACUUCUCCUCCAUUCCUGCGCAGACUCUGAAGAACUUGACUCGCCUCCGGCACCUUGACCUCUCCCAUAACAAACUGUCUAGAUUAGAAGACGGCUCGUUCAGCAAGUUCGGUCCGCAUUUGCGCUAUAUUGAACUCAACAAUAACAAGUUACAAGACAUCUCGCCCAAGGCCCUUCAGGAACUGGAAUCGGUCGAAUUCCUCAUGUUGGCCCACAACAACUUGACCAAGCUGCCGAGGAGCACCGUGCAGGGCAUAAUUAAUACCGUCUUCAUGUUUGAUCUCUCGGACAAUCCCCUGAUCUGCGGUUGCCAGCUGCAGUGGCUGAAGGAGUGGCUGGAUUCCGUCAACCCGCUGGACAGACUGACCCCUGACCCUAUCUGCUUCAUCGAGGGCACCCAGCAUCUCCAGUUCGUCCGGCAGCUGACCUGCACCCCGGAGGAGGGAGACCUGGUCCUUUCUGAGCAAUCACAGGUCUGCUCCGGUCUCGACUGCGCCCAAUCUCUGGCCACUUUCUUCUCGGAACGUAUCCGGUGGCACUAGACCGAAGUCUCGCUUUCGUAAGCAUGGAAAUGACGCCAGAGAUGAAUGUCGAGUUAAGUGAAGGACAUCCUCAUAGCGAAUGAAUAAUGAAGGUGGUAAGGAAGGUGGAGAAUGUGUGACGUGAAGAGCUAAGUUUGUGAAACUGUAAAGUUAUACAUUAUCCUAUUUCAAAGGUUAGAUUUGCUUAUUAUUUGAUUGCAUUUCAUUAAUCGGGAUUAUGCAGUUUUUUCUCAAAAUUAUUCAUUUUUACCAAUUAGAAUUUUCUCAUAUUUAUUAAUAUUCCUUAUACUCAUGAAAGCUUACAUCCAUUCAUUAAAGAUGUGUACGUUUUAUGAAGUGAAAAUUAAACUUUUUUUUUUUUCAUCCAAAUCACACAUUAAUAAAGUGCAAUGUUAUAAUUCUAAAAAGUUCUCCUUUUUAUUCAUUUAGACAUAUUUAUCCAUAUACGCAUUUGUGGCUUAAAAUUCUGUUGACCCAGCAACGCAGUGAUUCAGAGCCUACGCUAAACAGUGGGUCAUUGGACAAAUGAACUAACAAGUGUUCACAAAGUUAUAUUCGUUUAGGAACACAGUGGCUCAGAUUUCGAGUUAAGCAGUGGGCCACAAGUUGUAAAUUGCCUAAUGUCUUUGUUUUCGUUGCUGAGUUAUGCGUAAUUAUAUAGUUUUAGAUCUUGGCUCCAUUUACUUGAAUUAGACAUUAUUUCAUAUACAUAUGUAUAAUCCAUUUAUGUAUCCAUAUAAGAUAUCGUAGAUGCCCUGGUAUACGUCAUUUCAUGUUUCUAGGUAUACAUGGCUGUGAUUAGGCUUCAUUGCAAUAUGCAACAAGGAUGCAAUUAUUAGUUGCAUAGCCCCAUGACAUAAUAUGUGCAGGAAUAUGCCUACAUUGCAUUUGCAUUAAUAUAUAGAUAAAUUUGAAAUUCUAGGUAAGUUGUUCCUAACCUUAUUGUUCAGACCACACUCCAUUUUUUAUUAAAUAGCAAAAGCUAUUAACAAGAAUCACAAUGCCCAUCGAAUUUCAAGUAAAUGUCAAAAUAAGACGAGUUUAAAUUGACCUGCAUUUUAAAUACAAACACUCAUGUUGGCAAUACUGAAGACGCGUGAUGCCAAUUCGUGUAUUUCUUGGCAAAAUUGUUUUCUCUGGUAAUACAGAUGUAUAAUAGAUAUAGAAUGAUUUAACCGUAUAUGCUAAUACCAUAAAUUUCUGUUGAGUGAUCUAUUUGGUAUUCUACAACCUUCCUAUGCACUCUCAAAUAGAAUCAGGAAUCUGUCAUGUAUAUAUUCAGCUAACAUCUUCAAAAUAGUUAUGCUUUAAAUGAUAUACCUUAGAUAUGAUGUUAAUAUUCCUGAACAAUAUUUUUCAAUCGUGUUAAGAGCUAUCACCAUAAAUGACAAAUCCGUCAUUAAACUCUUAUUAUGAAUCACUAAUCAAUAACUUGUCUUACUGAUGACGUGGCCACUUCAGGAGUAAUUCGUUGAUAUGGUAAAAUUUAAUAAAUAAAUAAAUGUUA